GGUCAAUCAGUAGAUACGCAAGAGUUUCAAUGCACUGCUAAACAGUAAAAUGGAGCAGUACCUGCAGAAAAUCAAGCGUAUCUUCAAAGGACAGGACUACCCGAACACAAUUUGCAUUUCUUAUUCUUUGAGAAUGUUAACAUAUUUGGGUCAGUGGAAACAUGAAGGAUCAACACGAAUCUACAGAGGGUAUUUCUAUUUGAUUUCGUUGUUAUUUUCGUUCCAUUGGUAUGCGUUAGUGAGAGAUCUCGUUGAAACGUACAAUGAUUUGAUACUGUUUGGAGACAACAUGUGUGUGACGGCUGGAGUUUCGCUAGUUCUAUACAAGAAAGCCUAUCAUAACUACUACAGAGAAAGUUUUGAAAAAAUCUUCGAAAAACUGCAAUUCUACAGUCAAGUGAACGAUAAAAAGAUAACUCCCGUCCGAAAUUUGUUGCGGACAUACUUUAUACAAGAAUACAUUCUGACUAUCAGUACUAUUUUUCUUGGAUUAUCACUUAUAAUAGCAAUUAGUGGACAUACAUUUUUCGAUUCAACUUUACCCAUGCGAGCUAAGUAUCCCAUAGGAGUGGAUUCCUUGGAAACACUUGUAUUUUUCUCACUAUUUCAAGUAAUUGUAAGCUUUUUUCUCAUCGAGGGGAUUGUUUUCAUCGAUGGGAUCGGCGGUCAAGUGAUGAGUCAGAUAUCGCUGCAGUUUCACAUACUGACUCUAGAGUUCCGAACAUUAGGUGGUACGUUGAAUCGCGAUUCUGAGGAUCCUAGUUACAUUUCGCAGAUCAAACAGGACUUGCACGAGCUAAUUCAACGUCAUCAAGAUUUAAUGGAAUUUGGCAGGAACGUUAAUGAGCUGUAUCAACCGAUGCUUAUGGCACAAUUAGGCUGCAGUGUGUCCAUGAUUUGCUUGACGGCUUUUGAAGCUACCUUAACUAUGCAUGACUUGUUUCUAUUUAUGAGGUUUGCAGUUUACACCAUUUCUGUUUUAAUUCAAAUUUUGUACUGGUGCUACUAUGGAAACAGAGUAUCUUACAUGUCGACCAUGAUCAACGAGGCAAUCAUCGAAUGCAAUUGGUUAACCAGCGAUACCAGUUUCAAAAAGGACCUUAUGCUGACAAUGAUGCGAGCGCAGAAGCCAUUCAAAUUUGUGGUCUACGGAUAUUUCCCUAUUUCGUAUGACACCUUCAUCGCGGUCAGUAUAUGA